CAUCCCACCUGAGCCAACACCCAGGCUCCCAGCAGCAACCAUGAGCCAGUCCUACUCAAGCAGCCAGAGGGUUUCCUCCUACCGCCGCACUUUUGGAGGGGGAUCCCCAUCAUUCAGCACCAGGUCCUCCUUUGGGUCUAAGGGAGCCUCCGCUAAUUCAAUGUCUUCUAGAGUAUACCAAGUUUCCCGAUCUGCAGCUGCCCCAAGCCUCUCCAGUUUUAGGGCAACAAGGGUCGCCCCAGUGAGAAGCAGCUAUGGAGCAGAUGUUUUGGACUUCAGUCUUGCAGAUGCAAUGAACCAGGAGUUCUUGCAUACCCGAACCAAUGAAAAGGUGGAGCUGCAGGAGCUGAACGACAGGUUUGUAAACUAUAUUGAGAAGGUUCGGUACCUUGAGCAACAGAACCAGAUCCUUGUGACUGAAGUCAACAAACUAAAGGGAAAGGAGCCAACCAGGGUGAACGAGCUGUAUGAGGAAGAGAUGAGGGAGCUGCGCCGUCAAGUGGACCUUGUGACCAAUCAGAGGGCACGAGUGGAGGUAGAAAGGGACAACCUGGUAGACGACCUACACAGACUUAAACAAAGAUUGCAGGAGGAGAUACAGUUGAAGGAAGAUGCAGAGAACAAUCUCGCUGCUUUCAGAUCGGAUGUUGAUGCAGCCACUCUGGCCCGUAUAGACCUAGAGAGACGCAUCGAGUCUUUGCAGGAGGAAAUUGCAUUCCUGAAAAAGAUUCACGAGGAGGAAAUCCGGGAACUGCAGGCACAGUUACAAGAGCAACAGGUGCAAGUGGAGAUAGAUGUUUCCAAACCAGACCUGACAGCAGCACUCAGAGAUAUCCGGGCUCAGUAUGAGACCAUCGCCGCCAAGAAUGUUUCUGAAGCUGAGGAGUGGUACAAGUCCAAGGUCAGUGACCUCAACCAGGCAGCACAGAAGAACAACGAUGCCCUGCGCCAGUCCAAGCAAGAAAUGAUGGAGUACCGCCACCAAAUUCAGUCCUACACCUGCGAGAUUGAUGCACUUAAGGGAACAAAUGACUCCCUGUUGCGACAGAUGAGGGACCAAGAGGAAAGGUUUUCUGGGGAAGCUGCUGGGUACCAGGACAACAUUGGACGUUUAGAGGAAGAGAUCCGUAAUAUGAAGGAUGAAAUGGCAAGGCAUCUCCGCGAGUAUCAGGAUCUCCUGAACGUCAAGAUGGCACUGGAUGUGGAAAUUGCCACAUACCGUAAACUGCUAGAGGGCGAGGAGAGCAGGAUCACUCUUCCCAUCCAAACCUAUUCUGCACUCAGUUUCAGAGAAACCAGCCCGGAACAGAGGUCUUCAGAAGUUCACACAAAGAAAACAGUCAUGAUCAAAACAAUUGAGACCCGGGAUGGUGAGGUUGUGAGUGAGGCUUCCCAGCAGCACCAGGAGAUUAUGUAAACUGCCAUCAUGUCUCCCUAACCGUGGGCAUGCAACAGGAGAACACGCACAGUGCACAGCCUGCUGGACAAAUGGCAUCUCAUGCUGUACCUUUACCACAUUACCUUUCACCUAUCACUCGCCCCUGAGCUUCCCUUCUGUCUAAGGACCCCUGUACCAGAGCUCAUAUAGGAGCUGCUCAGUAUUGUGAGCUCUCCUGCUUAGAGGUAUCCAUGUUGGAGAUGUCUCAGAAGUAAUACAGAGAAACCAGUAAUAAAGUCACAGUGACCCAUGCAAAGCCUUGCAGUCCCCAUUAAUUUGCUUAGAUAUGAAAAUGAAAAGUGCAAUAUAAGAUCUUAUAGUAUGAAAUGUGCAGUUACACUGUAUCCUUCCCUGCAACACAUACAUUGCCCAGGUAAUAUAGCAAAUCCUUCAUUAAUAUAUUAGAGGGUUUUCUGAAGCUUAUGGAAGUUAGCGCUGAUAAUUUCAGGAACAGCGGCACAAGACAAAAAAAUAAGUGGAAAGGCAGGUCAAAAAUAAACAUGAUAAGAGGAAUAAUGCUAAUAAAUAGAAAACAAACAAGGAUGGUUCUAAUGUGAGACAAAUGGUUUGGUUAUGUAUCUGAAGCUCGGGAUCAUGCAUAGAACUUUGUUUUGUCUUUUAUUGGAUAUUAUUGGAAGAAAGGUAGAUAUAUUAUAACUUAUAAGGGGUAGGAACUAAGGCUAUGGAUCAUUAACCUUGCAAGAGUCUACCAGCACAAUACCAUUAAAUGCAUAGCCUUGUGGGGGAUACAGCAGUGUAUAUGAUAUAUCAGAAUUUCUAUUUUUAAUAUCUAAGUCAGAAGUCCGGUUCCACCUGGAAUCCAUAAACUGUCUAUUAAAUGAUUCGCUCUAGGGGCUUUUUUUUAUUUUCACAAACAUUUAUAGUGAAUAGGUAGGACUCUAUACACACACAAAGACACAAAGUAAUUGAAAGGAAGGAUAAGUAGAAAAUGUUUACGUUAAUAAACCUGUUAAGAUACGA